UCGCCUCGCAUCAGCAUCACGAGAAGCGGCCCGGCCGCGCCUCACGUCGUCGAGGAAAUAUCCCCCCGAAAAUUUCGCCAUGUCUGAGGUCCGCAAAUUCACCAAGCGGCUGAGCAAACCCGGCACGGCGGCGGAAGUCCGGCAGAGCGUCUCCGAGGCUGUGAGGAGCCCCGUCGACCCGGAGGAGCAGCCCAAGUUCAUCGAGCCUUUGGACUACGAGGCCGUGGUGUUCCAGAGAAAGGCUCAGAUCCACAGCGACCCCCAACGAGACUUGCUGCUCUGCCCCGCCGACGACGUUUGGGAGUCCCAAAUAUCCCGACAGAGGCGGACCGUGUUUCCCUCUGUGCCCCACAAUGCAGAGCGGGAAGCUAGGAGUCUCUUUGCCCAAAAGUGCAUCAACAUGUACAAGACCGACUGGCAUGUCAUCAACUACAAAUACGAGGCCUACUCCGGCGACUUCCGCAUGUUACCGAGCAAAGGCCUGAAGGCAGACAAGCUAGCGGCUCACGUGUUCGAGGUGGACGAGGAUGCCAAAGACGAGGACACGUCGUCGCUGUGCUCGCAGAGGGGCGGGGUCCUGAAGCAGGGCUGGCUUCAGAAAGCCAACAUGAACAGCAGCCUGUCUGUGUCCAUGAGGGUGUUCAAGAGGAGGUACUUCUACCUGUCCCAGCUCCCGGACGGCUCCUACAUCCUCAACUCGUACAAGGAUGAGAAGCACUGCAAGGAAACCAAAGGCUCCAUCUACCUGGACUCAUGCGUCGACGUCGUUCAGUGCCCUAAAAUGCGGCGGAACGCCUUUGAGCUGAAGAUGCAGGAGCGCUGCAGCCACUUUUUGGCGGCCGACAGCGAAGCGGAGAUGGAGGAGUGGGUGGCCACGCUGAAACAAGCCCUGCAGAACAGCACCGAGGCCUGCCAGGAGAGGAGGAACGGCGGCGAGGCCCCGGACGAUGACGCCACCGGCCAAGGGAGAGGAGAGAGCCAGCCGGAGGGUCCGGGGAGGAACCUCCAACCUGAACUCACAAAGUACGCGAGGGAGACGGACCAGCUCACGAAGAUCCAGCGCAACGAAGGCAGGCACAAGCUUUUCUCUCUGGACCCCGAGACGCAGAGGCUGGACUUCUCCGGCAUCGAGCCGGACGUGAAGCCGUUUGAGGAGCGCUUCGGCCGCCGCGUCGCGGUCGGCUGCCACGAUCUCACCUUCAGCCUGCAGGGCUGCGUCAGUGAAAAGGGCGACGGCGUCCUUACCAACGUUGAGCCCUUCUUCAUAAGCCUGGCACUCUUUGACAUCUCCAAGAACUGUAAGAUCUCUGCCGACUUCCACGUGGACCUCAACCCGCCCUGCGUGAAGGAGAUGCUGAUCGACACGGCGGGCCAGCUCUCGCCGCGCGCAGACGCCGAGGGAGGAGGAGGUGGAGGACGCGGGCCCGUAGUGAGCGAAGACAGCCUGCCUGUUCUCCAGAGAGUGUCGGCGGCGCUGCUGCAUUUUCCUACACAGGCCAUAUUUUCAGUAACCCACCCCCACGCUGAUAUCUUUCUGGUGGCCCGUGUGGAGAAGGUGUUGCAAAACGGCAUCGCCAAUUGCGCCGAGCCAUACAUCAAGACUUGCGACAUAACCAAGACCGCCCAGAAGGUCCUCAAGGCGGCCAAACAGACGUGCCAACGCCUGGGCCAGUACCGGAUGCCCUUUGCUUGGGCUGCCAAGCAGGUGUUUAAGGACGCUCAGGGCGGUCUCGACAUGGACGGCAAGUUUUCUCCCCUCUAUCGUCAAGAUAGCGGAAAAAUCUCCACCGACGACAUCGUCAAGCUGCUGGCCGACACCAGGAAACCCGACAAGAGCAAGCUUCAGACCAUCCCCGGGCAGCUGAAUGUCACCAUCGAGUGCGUCCCACCCGACUUUUCAAACACGGUGACGUCCUCUUAUAUUCCCGUGAAGCCCUUCGAAGAAAGCUGCGAGCGUGUAUCCGUGGAAGUCGAGGAGUUCCUGCCUGAGGAAGCCAAGUACAGCUACCCCUUCACUACCUACAAGAACCAACUCUACGUCUACCCUCUGCAACUCAAAUACGACAACCAGAAAAGCUUCGCCAAGGCUAGAAACAUAGCGGUCCGCGUGCAGUUCCGGGAUUCCGACGACGAAGGUGCGCCCCCUUUGAAGUGCAUCUACGGGAAGCCAGGGGACUCUCUCUUCACCAGCGGCGCUUACGCAGCAGUCCUGCACCACAACCAAAGUCCAGAAUUCUAUGACGAGGUAAAGGUGGAGUUACCCGUCCACUUGCACGAGAGGCACCACAUCCUUUUCACCUUUUACCAUAUCAGCUGUGAGUCGAGCAGCAAAACCAGCAGCAAGAAGAGAGAAGCCGUGGAGUCUCCGGUCGGUCACUCCUGGUGGCCUCUGCUGAAAGACGGCAGGAUGCGGUCGACGGAGCUCCAGCUCCCGGUCGCUGCGACUCUGCCGCCUGGAUACCUGGGUCAGGACACCAGAAAGAGCCAACCAGAUAUCAAGUGGGUGGAAAACGCAAAGCCGCUAUUCAAAAUGAGAAGCCGCGUAGCAUCAACAAUAUACGCUCAGGACCUCCAUCUCCACAAGUUCUUCGUGCACUGCCAGCUAAUGAGGAACACCUCAGAGGACAACCGGGCAGAACUUAUCAAAUACCUGAAGUGCCUACACGCCAUGGAGACGCACGCCAUGGUGCACUUCCUGCCCACUGUGCUCACGCAGCUCUUUGAGGUGCUCUCAGCGGCCACCGAGGAAGGCCGGGAGAUCGCCGUCAACUCUCUCCGUGUCAUCAUCCAUAUUGUCUCCAGGUGUCACGAGGAAGGGCUGGAAAACUACCUGCGCUCUUUUGUGAAGUACGUGUUUGUAUCCCAAAGCCCUGCGCCCGGGAACGCAGCGUAUACCCACGAGGUGCUGGCCACGGCGGUCACAGCCAUUCUCAAGCAGACGGCAGAUUUUAACACCAGCAACAAACUGCUCAAGUACUCCUGGUUCUUCUUUGAAACGAUGGCCAAAUCAAUGGCUCAGUACCUGCAAGAGGAGCACCGCAUGAAGAUGCCGCGGGCCCAGCGCUUUCCGGACACUUUCAAUCAGGCGCUUCGGUCCCUGGCGUUGUCCGUCAUGCCUCACAUCACCCUCCGCUACGCGGAGAUCCCCGAAGAAGCCCGCUGCGUCAACCUGAGCUUGGCCCAUUUGAUCAAGAGGUGUCUGACCUUCAUGAACCGGGGAUUUGCUUUCGCUUUGGUCAACCACUACAUGUGCCACUUCAGGUUCAAAGAUCCCAAGGUGCUGACCGAAAUGAAGUUUGACUUUCUGACGGUGGUGUGCAACCACGAGCACUAUAUCCCCCUCAAUCUGCCCAUGGCCUUUGGGCGCACCAAGCUGCAGCGGGUGCAAGAUUUUAUUCCGUACGCGACGGAGCUUUUUGGCCCUGUAGAACAAAUUCUGGAAUCGGGCCUGACCGAAGAGUUUUGCCGCAACCACUUUCUGGCGGGCCUGCUCCUCCGAGACGUGGCGGCGGCCCUGCGGCGGGGGCGCGAGGUACGGCGGCUGGCCGUGAGCGCGCUCAAGAACCUGCUGAUCAAACACGCCGCGGACGAUCGUUACACGGCCUUCAAGAACCAGCAGGCCAGGAUCUGUUUGCUGUACCUUCCGCUGUUUGAGCUGCUCUUCCAGAACUUGAAGCAACUGUCUGCCCAGCCGUACAUUUGCAAUCUCAAUGGCUCUCGGGACGACCUCGCGUCGAGCGGUUCUACACACAGCAAGAGAACCAGCGCUGCCAUCGAGAAAGACCCCAGCUUGCCUGCCCUGAACGGCCACGUCGUCAGGAGGGACGACUCCACGGGAUCUCCGCUUCCGGAUCCUGGGACGCCAGAUAACAUUGACCUGCAGAGACGCGCUUCCACUCUGAGCAGCAGUCCCGGGGCCCCCGUCAGCAGACUGGGCCCUUACGAAAUCAGGGGCCUCCUGUUUACCUUCUUACAUGUGGCCAAGACCUUGUCAGAGGACACUCUCGUGGCCUACUGGAUCAAACUUAGCCCUCAAGACGUGAUGAACUUCCUCAGUUUGCUUGAGAUCUGUCUGGUUCAGUUUCGAUACGUCGGGAAAAGGAACAUCGGCAGGAGUCAAGAGGCGUGCGCGUCCAAGUUGUUCUCACCUGACAGGAAGUCGCAGACCAUGCCGGCCACGCGCUGCAACCGAGCCAGCGCCAUCCAGACCAAAAUAAACCAGUUGGGCGCCGCGGAGGCCUCGCUCACUCUCAACAUAGGGAUGGGGGCAUCCGAAGCGGAGAUCCAUCACCAGGCAGUGCUGGAGGGCAACAUCUCCACCGAGGUCUGCUUAAGCGUCCUGGAUGUCCUCUCGCUUUUCAUGCAGUGCUUUAAGAGUCAGCUGGCAGACGGUGACGGUCACAACCCGCUGAUGAGGAAGGUGUUUGACGUUUACCUGAGCUUCCUCAAAGUGAGCCAAUCAGAAGCCGCCCUCGGGCACGUGUUUGCUGCGCUUCGGGCAUUCGUGAACAAGUUCCCCUCGGUGCUGUUCAAAGGUCGCGUGACCCUUUGUGAGCUUCUGUGCUGCGAGGUGCUCAAGUGCUGCGUGUCCAAGAUGGCCUCCUUGAGGGCCGAAGCCUCGGCGCUGCUCUACCUGCUCAUGAGGAACAACUACGAGUUCACCAAGAGGAAGACCUUCCUGCGCACGCACUUGCAGAUCAUCAUCGCCGUGAGUCAGCUGAUCUCCGACGUGGCCCUCGGCGGAAGCUCGCGCUUCCAGGAGUCGCUCUCCAUCAUCAACAACUUUGCGAACAGCGACAAGGCCACGAAGUCCACAGCGUUCCCCUCAGAAGUGAAGGGUCUAACCAAGCGCAUCCGCACGGUUCUGAUGGCCACGGCCCAGAUGAGGGAGCACGAGAAGGACCCGGAGAUGCUGCUGGACCUGCAGUACAGCCUGGCCCGCUCCUACGCCAGCACCCCCGAGCUGAGACGGACCUGGCUGGACAGCAUGGCUCGCGCACACCUCAAGAAUAACGAUCUCUCCGAGGCGGCCAUGUGUCACGUUCACGUGGCUGCGCUGGUUGCCGAGUACCUGCACAGGAAAAAGUUGUUCCCCGGCGGGCUGGCCGCCUUUAAGAAGAUCACGUUUAACAUUGAGGAGGAAGCUGCCAUGAAGGAAGACACGGGGAUGCAAGACGUCUACUACACCGAGGAAGUCCUGGCGGAGCACUUGGAGAUUUGCGUGGAGGCGCUGUGGAAAGCCGAGCGCUACGAGCUCAUCGCGCACGUCGCCAAACUGCUGAUCCCCUGCUACGAGAAGCGCCACCAGUACGAGAAACUGAGCCGACUGUACAACACGCUGCACCGAGCCUACGACAAGGUCAUGGAGGUCAUCCAAUCAGGUCGCAGGCUGCUCGGGACCUACUUCAGAGUCGCCUUCUACGGACAGGGCUUCUUCGAGGACGAGGACGGGAAGGAGUACAUCUACAAAGAGCCCAAACUCACCGGGCUUUCCGAAAUCUCCCAGCGCCUGCUGACGCUCUUCGGGGAAAAGUUUGGGGCGGAAAACGUCAAGAUAAUUCAAGACUCCAACAAGGUGAACCCCAAAGAUCUGGACCCCAAGUUCGCCUACGUGCAGGUGACCUUCGUCAAGCCCUACUUCGAGGAGAAGGAGGCGCCGGAGAAGAAGACAGAUUUCGAGAAGUGCCACAACAUCAACCGCUUCGUGUUCGAGACGCCGUACACGCUGUCGGGCGAGAAGCGUGGCGGCGUGGAGGAGCAGUGCAAGAGGAAGACCGUGCUCACAACGGCCAACACCUUCCCCUACGUCAAGAAACGGGUGGAGGUGGUCGGGGAGAAGCAGGUGGACCUGCGUCCGGUGGAGGUGGCCAUCGACGAGAUGAGGUCUCGCACGGGCGAGCUGCACAAGCUGUGCUCCGGCGCGGACGUGGACAUGAUCCAGCUGCAGCUCAAACUGCAGGGCUGCGUCUCCGUGCAGGUGAACGCGGGCCCCAUGGCCUACGCUCGCGCCUUCCUCCGUGACGGCAAGCCAAACCAGUCCGGCAACAAGAAGGCAAAAGAGCUGCGGGAUAUUUUCAGACGUUUUGUGGCGGCGUGCAGUACGGCUCUGGAUAUCAAUGAGCGUCUGAUCAAAGAAGACCAGUUUGAGUACCACGAGGGCCUCAAGAGCAAUUUCAAAGACAUGGUGAAGGAGCUCUCCGACAUCAUCCAUGAGCAGAUCUACGAAGAGGGCAUGAUGCGCUCGCUUCUGCAAAACUCCCUCAACGUGUUCCGCGCCAUCAGCGGGACCUCGUCUGACCUCGGCUGACCUCGCCUGACGCCUCGUAAGAAGCGGGACGAGGCCGCGAGGCUACAUCCGGAGCGGAACUGAAGCAUGUCACGCUCAGAUGCGCUGCGUGCGUUCGUUUGUUUGUUUGUUUGUUUGUUUUCCCUUCUUUUCAACUGACGUUCGCGUCGCGGAACUGGCUGGCGUUCGCCAUGCCGAUCUAUGCGGGACACGCUUUGGUUUCCCCUCGACAGAUGCGAGCAUGCCUGCAGUGCAAUUAUUAAACAAGGACCCCGGAGCUUUGAGUUUACCAGCCAGUCACAUCAACACGCGGUUGCUUCAAACCUCAACGAGUAUUCGCGCGAGCCUCUGGGCCCGCGUUGCGGCCGCAGAGCUCCAGGCUCGAGCGCGAGUGCGACGCUUAUGCGAUAUUUCACAAGUGCUCCACUGAAUCAUAGCCAAGCAGAUGUACAUAAAUUGCUCCUGACUCCUCAGUCUAUUUCUGUUCAUGCUUGUAUGUAUAUUUAUAUCGAUUUGUUUUUUUAAUCUCGCUUAGUAUACAGAAUACAGAGUUGAGUCGCUUGUUAAAUGUAGCUCUCCUCAUAAAAGCAAGUCAAAACGAAAGCCUUCCUUUCUUUCUUUCUUUGGACAACAUCAUUUCUAAAGGGAUCCUUGCCGUAUCAUCUGUGCGGUCGAUGCUUAUGAUGCAGAGGCCAGUUAAAUAUUCCCGGGACCAGUUUUCAUUGAACAAUUUUAGCUCCCAAAAGCCGUCUCCCGCCGGCGGCGAUUUUACAAGCCAAAUCCCCGUAGUUCGAGAACACGAGAGAGAACCAUUUGACGUGGCCGUUUUGGAAGACGAUUUCGGGUGCGUUGCCGCAUGUGAGGCCCGUGCCACAAACCUACUGUAAAUUGUGAACUCAUAUUUGGUCUUAUUAGGAGCUAGUACGCUUCAGUCAAUAAAAGAUUGCAACUAAAAUGUAUCCAUUCAAGUGAAAAAAGUCAAGCAAACAUUGUAGCACAGCCACAAUUAGCCAG